AUGUCUAGACUCUCCCUCAGACUACUAGGGUACACAACCGCCGCCACCGGCCUAGCCGGCUACAGCAUCCACCGUGGACUCUGCCAUCUGGAAGAAAAGUAUCCAGCACUUCCUCCCGCAGCAGGAAGCGGAGCCCUCCGCAAAGCACACAGCCCAGAUACCCAGCACUGUGCAUAUACCGACAUCUACGCGGCACAAAUACCCCUACAAGUCAUCGAAGCACGCGUCCCAAGCCCAAAGACACCAACAAAAACAGAGCUCGAAUAUGCCUGGGCUAGAUCUGUCAUUGGAAGCAAAAUCCUACGAAUUGAGGGCUCUCUCCUCGGCCUACUCACAAGCUUCCGUUUCACACCAUGCGAUACAGGCAACUCGGCGGAGGGGUUCUCACCGGAUAAGACCACUGGUGCGCCGCGCAUUCUGCUGAACGGUUUAUUUCAAGUGCAGCGACUACCGGCCGCUGACGCAGAUAGUAAUGGACUACUGGUGUCGCUGGAAUUGCCGGGCGCACCUCGCCUGUUCUUUGAGAAGAUUGCGCGUUGGGGGUAUCCUUGGCGCUUGAUGUCGGGUGUGCGACAUGAGAUGAGUGUUUCUGAGCCGUUCCAGAGAAACGGGGGUGUAUUUGUUGAGGUGCGAUUCGCAAGUGCGCAUGAUUAUGAGGUUGUUGAUGGAGAAGGUGAGCUGGAGAAACAGAAGAUCAUCCCAGCUUGGGUUUUGAGGUUGCAUCGUGGAUAUGCUAGGUUGGUUCUUGAUUCCGCUGUUCGAGAGUUGCAGCGGGAAGUUGAGAAAUAA